AUGCUCUCUUCCGAAGAAUAUCAAGAAACAAAACGUCAAUUAAGAAAUAUAACAUCAACUGGAAAAUUACGCCAAACACUCAGAAGAUCAUUACUGCACAAAUUAAAAGAACAUGACUAUGCUACAAAAUUUACUCCAUUUGAACCAUUACCACAUACGCGAUUUUUUAUUAAUCGAAUAACAACUGAACCUGUAUUUGACCAAAUUAUUAAAGCUGCAACAACAUCUAAUGAAUUUACAAUUGAUACUGAAUCAGUUAAUGUUUAUAAAUCACGAAAUGAGCCAGCUUUAAUUCAAGUACAAAUUAUUUUACCACAUGAUUAUUCAAUUGCAGUAUUAAUAGAAACGCAUCAUCUUCCAAGUGAUGAUGAUGUUACUUUUUUAUUAUUUAAAAAAUUAUUCCAAAUCUUAUUUUCGCCAGAUAAAAUAAUUUAUAUCUGGGGAUCCAGACGUGAACUUAUUCCAUUCACUCAAUUCGGUUUAUUUUCAGAAGAACAAGUGAAUCACAUCAAAUCAAUCAAUUUACAAAAUCAAUUUAAAAUCUUUUGGAAACAACAACAUCCUCAUCAACCAUCAUCCACAACAACAAAUAAUUGUUUAUGUGAAACAUGUUUGGGAAAAAAUCCCGGUAAUUCAUGGUCUCUUCAGGAUGCAGUCGCACAUGAACUGAAGGAAUAUCUUUCAAAACAAUCAACUCUGGAAAAUUUCAAUAUUGGUUUAGACUUAAAUCUGUUUGAUAUGAACGAAAAAAAAAAACAGUAUCGUGAGCAACUUGUUACAUAUGCUUUACAUGAUUGUUUCUCUAUGCAUAAAAUUUUAAUUAAUAUGAAAAAUAAAAAUUUUAAUUUUAGUUUAGAAAUAACAAUUAAGAUUCCUUAUGAUAUGAUGGAAUCGAUUUCUUCAAGUGAUGAUGAAAUUAUGUUUUCACAACUUACACCACCUAUUGAACGUCUGAAAAAUGAUCAAAUAUUAAAUAUCAAUCAAGAAACUCAAUUAAUCUCAUCACCUACAUAUCAGAAUUCCAAUUGGAAAAUCAGUUCCACCAAUGACAGUAAAUCAGCCAAUCAACGUCAAAUACAGGCAACACCAUCACAACCAGAUCUUGCACAUACCCAACAUUCUCAAUCUACACAUGACCAAGAACUUCAACACAAGACGCAACAAUUACCGGCUGAACAACGAAAACGUAUACACAAUAGAAGUUGCACACUGAAACAACGUCGUCGAUAUUAUCAAAGUGAAAUCAUCAUCAAGAACAUUGACAAAAGAUUUACAAUCCGUGAAAUCAAGGAUAUUCUUAAAUAUCAGAAUGUCUCUUUUUAUGCCGUCAAUACUUCCAUCUCAUCCAGAACAAAUGAACGAACUUUAUAUAUUGGCAUCCGUGAUAUAACAAAAUUAUCUUUAUAUGAACAUGAAACAAAACAAUUAUUUACAUCAUCUUAUUUCCGACAAUUUCAACGUAUGAAGCGAUUAAUAUCACAUCCUAAUCACAAAUUCAAUCAGAACGUCCAUCAGCAUCACCAUCACAUAUAA